CCCCGCCCCGCCCCGGAACCCGGAAGUGCGGAGCUGCAGCCAGAGCCGCUUCCUGCCGGGACUGAUCGCGGCGCGGCGCGGCGCGGCAGAGCCAUGACUCACCAGACCGGUAUCCACGCUACCCCAGAGUUAAAGGAUUUUUUUGCCAAAGCCCGGAAUGGCUCCGUCCGUCUGAUCAAAAUUGUCAUUGAAGAUGAACAGCUAGUGCUGGGAGCCUACAAAGAAUUGUCUCGGUUCUGGGAUAAGGACUAUGACUCCUUUGUGCUGCCAUUGCUGGAUGAACAGCAACCAUGUUACAUCCUGUACCGCUUUGAUAGUCAGAAUGCACAAGGCUUUGAAUGGCUCUUCAUCUCCUGGUCACCUGAUAAUUCCCCUGUUAGGCUGAAGAUGCUGUAUGCAGCAACCAGAGCAACAGUGAAAAAAGAAUUUGGAGGAGGACACAUAAAGGAUGAGCUGUUUGGAACAGUUAAGGAAGACAUCUCACUAAGUGGUUACCAGAAGCACGUCUCCUCAUGCUCAGCACCAGCUCCCCUGACAGCAGCUGAACAGGAGCUCCAGCAAAUCCGCAUCAGUGAGGUGAAGACCGAGAUCAGUGUGGAGAGCAAACACCAGACUCUGCAGGGACUGGCUUUUCCUCUUCAGCGUGAUGUUCAGCAAGCUGUCCAGUUACUAAAGCAGAAGAAAAUCAAUUACAUCCAGCUGAAACUGGAUCUUGAACAAGAGAUCAUUGAGCUGGUACAUACGAACCCCACAGAGAUAGCAGAUCUCCCAAAAAGGAUCCCUCAGGAUUCUGCUCGCUAUCACUUCUUCCUGUACAAACACACCCAUGAGGGGGACUACCUGGAAUCUGUUGUGUUUAUCUACUCCAUGCCUGGAUACAAAUGCAGCAUCAAGGAGCGCAUGCUUUAUUCCAGCUGCAAGAGUCGGUUGCUAGAUACUGUGGAACAGGACUUCUGCCUGGAAAUUGCAAAGAAGAUUGAGAUUGAUGAUGGAGCUGAGCUGACUGCAGAAUUCCUGUAUGAUGAGGUCCACCCCAAGCAGCAUGCUUUCAAGCAGGCAUUUGCCAAGCCCAAGGGACCUGUGGGGAAACGAGGACAGAAACGACUUAUCAAAGGGCCGGGAGAGAAUGGCGAUGACAGUUAAAUCCCACAGGGCAGUAGGAUGGGUCAGGAACCAGUCUGUGAACAGGCAGCUUCCAGAAUCACAUUUCCCAUAGAAUCCAUAUCUCUGCUUUUGAGCCUGUCUGCUGAACCCAAGAGGCUUUCCCUCCACCUCUUUAAAAAACAAAAAAACCCCCAGAUCCAUAAACAGUUAUGUUCAUUUUGGGGAAGAUGGGCAGGGAGGUGGGGGUGGGUAGGAUCUAUGGAGUGUUUUUAUUUCAUCUUCCCCUUUGUUCUUUUUGUUGUGUAAUUCCCAAGAAAAAAUUGUUGAUUUUGUUUUAAAUGGGGUUUAAACUGCUUCUCUCAUUACUUCACCUGGCUUACCUGGUAUCAACCAGACAAAGGGCUGAUUUACUAAUAAGCCAUUCUGUGCAAAAGUCUUAGAAGAAAUCAUGUUUGGAAUUAAUUAAAAACAAAAGCAGAAUGGUGUUUUUACUCCCCUUGAAUUUAUUACUACAAACCUCCAUUAUCCUCAUAAAAGUCCCUCAGUCUUAAUUUCCCUUGGUGCAAGUCUUCAUAGCAGACCAAUCCCCCAUUACUUACAUAGAAGAUGGGUGCUUCUGUGAGAAAAGGAUGUUGUAGUUCCAUUGGUGGUAUUUGGAUUUGGGGAAUGAAUGGCUGGAAAGUUCAUCUUAGCAUUUUAAACCACAGCAGGGUAGUUUUCCCUCCCUUCACACUGAAGUCCAUGGACUUGUUGUAACUGCACUGGAGAGGUAUAUUGACUAGGUAAGUAAAAGCUUAGGUAUUUCCCUUCCCCUGCUCCAACCAGAAAGGAGGUACCUCUUUAAGAGCUUGUUCCCUGUCUUUUAUAGAUGGUAGCUUAGCUUGAAUUUUAGUAUCCAAGUGUGAAGACACCACUCUAGUCUUCCAUUUCCACUGUUGAGCUUUUUUUUUUACUUGGAGUAAUCCUGGCUCUAGCAGAGGAGCAAUAUUCUGCCAUAAAUUGAAAGGUUGCUAGAUUCUGCUCUCCUGAAAGCACAACAAACAGUAUUAAUGCUUUUACAACUGUCUGAUAUUUGAAACCUGUGCCAGGCAGUAAAACUAGGCUGUGUUUUCUCUUUCUGGGUGACUUGUUCUUUUGGAGCUGUGUCAAGAGGAAAUGUGAAGCUCAUCAUGAGAUAGAAACUAAUCCCUCACUGAGCCAUCCACACAUGCUGGCAGCUCUUACUUUCCUGAGCUUUAAACUAUAUACAGAUCAGGGCUGCAGUUUGACCUGUAUAUCCACCAAUCCUGUGACUUCCAAUCUUGGAAGACUGUGGGAUACCUUUCUGGCAUAUUCUUUCAACCCAGAUGUAUAUUUUGAUACCAUGCUGACUCACUGUUACCAUGAAAUCCACUCUUGAACCACAAGCAUUCCUCCUGCAUACACUGUGCUCUGAAAUCCUCCCAAUUCCCUAGCAACUUCAAUAACCAUAGUCAUCUCUAGUGGUGGUUUGACACCCUCUCUACUCUUUGAUCUACAGUGCUUAGCGGUUGCAUCAUCAGACUGCAUUCCAGCAUAGAUUUACUUAGACUUGAGGGAGAGAUGUUGGUUAUUGUACAAUUUUCCUCUGAUUAGUAACAGUACCAUUUUGCUUUAAGCUGGGGUAAUAUUAACAAUUGCAGCCUUUGAUGCUACAGGGAACACCAACAGGGGUUUGUCAUUUGUAAUAUGCACUUUGAUUAAUUCAUCUUGUCAGUAACAAAUGGUGUCUGAGAGAGACUGUUGUAGAUCAUAUAAAGCAGGCUGGUGGAGAAGAUGUCUGACAGCAAGAAUAUUCCUAGGGGCAGUGUGUUAUAGGGCUGGGGAAGCAUUCUAAACUUCUUUUUGAAGAAGUAAGAAACGCAGAUGCUAUCCAGGGUCACCCAAACUGGAAAGCUAGAACCUUUGCAGGUGAAGUGGUGGGGGGAGAGGGAGUUGCCUGGAAGAGCCACCUACUAGAUGUUUGUUUCUUUUGGCCACAGUCUGUUGCAUACGCUGCUAAAUAUUCUCCUUUGAGGUCCAGGAGAGUCUCUUAUUGGUCAUUUAGUUUCAAAGAGUAUGUUGUAUGGUAUUAAACUAGACUCACAGCUUAUUGGGUUUGUUUUCUUGCUUGUAAUUUUUUUUAAGUAUUUGUCAGCUAAGAAGACUUUUUGCAGCCAGGCUCAUCCUAAUCAACAACAAGGAAAGAGUCCAGUUUUAUUUAGGUUAAUUUCUUCCAGGUAGGAAAAGAACCAUCAUUGAGUUUCUAGGAAAAGAGUGAGAAAAAGCUUGAAGAAGACCUUUGGAUCAGCCAGUCUGCUGAAAGAAAUUCUGGGAUGGAGAAAUGUUAUUUAUUUUCCCAAUGUUCAGCUGUCCCUUUUGAACUCCUAGUUUUGUAUUUUGGCCUAGCCUUCUGCAGAGUAUUAUGGAAACAUUGGGCCAAUCUAUUCUCCAAUGCUCAUCACCAGGUUAAGGAUUGGAAAAGAUAGUUUCCUGUCUUGACCUGGUAGGAAGACAUGGGCUCACUUAUUGACUGAAAUCUUGGCUUUGGAUAUUAGCCCUCAUUUGCCUUACCUAGCCUAGACUACCCAGGGGGCUUCAGCUGUACAUGUGCAUGUUUACUCCCUCAUGCUUUGAGUAGGAUUCCUUCUGUUCUGGUGAAGAUGCAAGUGGUAAUUAUUCACUAGGAUUCUCCAUUUGCUAUAUAUUACCAAAUCAUGAAGUGUUCAGACAUGGGUAGGACUUUAUCCUGUCUCUUCCACAGAGCCAUUGUCUAUGUAAAUGGUGUUAGAGACCUGGGGUCCUGUUUUCCCUGGAGUGAAGUAGCUGCCUCUUCUUACUGCACAGCCAUUAAUGAUAUUUUGGGACUUCAGCAAAGUAUCUGACCUCCAAGAUCUGUGAAAGGAUUCAUGUGUCAAGUGGAUGCAUUGCACACAUGCACACACGCAUGCCUCUUAUUGUGCUGCAGAAUUCUAUGGGCAUCCGUCUGCCAUGGAGAGCUAAUAAAUAAGAUAGCAGUGUUAGUUCUGCUGUUUAGGUAAGGGGUUAACUUACACUGGUGCCUCAUGUUAUCCCAUUUUAUCAGGAAUGUGUACCCAUUCUUCUUGCUUUUCAGAAUGUAUGGCAGGCCAGGCUAGCAAAUAUCUUUCCAAAGUUGAGCCAGGUAAAAGCAUUUUAAUCCCCUUUUUUAGGCGUGGAUUGCUCUCCAUAGAUUCAUAGAUGUUAGGGUCGGAAGGGACCUCAAUAGAUCAUCGAGUCUGACCCCCUGCAUAAGCAGGAAAGAGUGCUGGGUCUAGAUGACCCCAGCUAGAUACUCGUCUAACCUCCUCUUGAAGACCCCCAGGGUAGGGGAGAGCACCACCUCCCUUGGGAGCCCGUUCCAGACCUUGGCCACUCGAACUGUGAAGAAGUUCUUCCUAAUGUCCAGUCUAAAUCUGCUCUCUGCUAGCUUGUGGCCAUUGUCUCUUGUAACCCCCGGGGGCGCCUUGGUGAAUAAAUCCUCACCAAUUCCCUUCUGUGCCCCCGUGAUGAACUUAUAGGCAGCCACAAGGUCGCCUCUCAACCUUCUGUUGCGGAGGCUGAAAAGGUCCAGUUUCUCUAGUCCCUCCUCGUAGGGCUUGGUCUGCAGGCCCUUGACCAUACGAGUUGCCCUUCGCUGUACCCUCUCCAGGUUAUCCGCAUCCUUCUUGAAGUGUGGCGCCCAGAAUUGCACGCAGGACUCCAACUGCGGUCUGACCAGUGCCCUAUAGAGGGGAAGUAUCACCUCCCUGGACCUAUUCGUCAUGCAUCUGCUGAUGCACGAUAAAGUGCCAUUGGCUUUUCUGAUGGCUUCGUCACACUGCCGGCUCAUGUUCAACUUGGAGUCCACUAGGACUCCAAGAUCCCUUUCCACCUCUGUGCCACCCAGCAGGUCAUUCCUAGGCUGUAGGUGUGCUGGACAUUUUUCUUCCCUAGGUGCAGCACUUUGCAUUUCUCCUUGUUGAACUGCAUCCUGUUGUUUUCUGCCCACUUGUCCAACCUAUCCAGGUCUGCCUGCAGCUGUUCCCUGCCCUCCGGUGUGUCCACUUCUCCCCAUACCUUUGUGUCAUCUGCAAACUUGGACAGAGUACAUUUCACUCCCUCGUCCAAGUCGCUGAUGAAGACAUUAAAGAGUAUUGGUCCAAGGACUGAGCCCUGUGGGACCCCACUGCCCACACCCUUCCAGGUCGAGACCGACCCAUCUACCAUGACUCUUUGGGUGCGACCCUCUAGCCAAUUCGCCACCCACCGGACUGUGCAGUCAUCCACAUCACAGCCUCUUAACUUGUUCACCAGUAUGGGGUGGGAUACCGUAUCGAAGGCCUUCCUGAAGUCUAAGUAUACGACAUCCACCCCUCCUCCUGUGUCCAGGCGUUUCGUAACCUGGUCAUAGAAAGAGACUAGGUUGGUCAGGCACGAUCUGCCCGCCACAAACCCGUGCUGGUUUCCCCUCAGCAUAAUUUGCCCUGCCGGGCUCUCACAAAUGUGAGCCUUGAUAAUUUUUUCAAAGACUUUACCAAGGAUGGAGGUGAGACUGACUGGCCUAUAGUUGCCCGGGUCCUCCUUCCUCCCCUUUUUGAAAAUGGGGACCACGUUAGCCCUUUUCCAGUCCUCCGGGACUUGGCCCGUGCGCCACGAGCAUUCGAAUAUUCCUGCCAGUGGCUCUGCAAUGAUGUCGGCCAGUGCCUUCAGCACCCUCGGAUGGAGCCCAUCCGGGCCUGCCGACUUAAAGGCAUCCAGUUCUUCCAAGUGACUCUGCACCACUUCAGGAUCUACGUAUGGAAGUCUGGCGCCUUCCUGCUGCCUCUCUACAACCCCCGUGAGAGACUUGUCGUGCCCCUCACUUAGGAACACUGAGACAAAGAACUCGUUGAGGAGUUCAGCCUUGUCCCCCCUGUCUGUCACCAAUUGUUUCUGCCCAUUUAGCAGUGGUCCUAUUCCUCCCUGGACCUUCCUUUGACUCCCAAUAUAUCUAAAAAACAAUUUCUUGUUGUCUUUUACUUGGGUUGCCAUCCUCAGCUCCAUGGUAGCUUUGGCUACCACUCCCUAUCCCCCUUCUGCAGAUGGAGUGUUUCUGGAGGUUAUAUAGUGUUCUGUCAAAUGUACAGACAGUUUACAAAUGUCAGUAUAUUUGAGGAGGUGGCUGUUUUGUUUCUAGGACUUACCCAGUUAAAAAAUGAAAAAGAAACAAACAGGAACUGCAAUUCCCAGCAGCAAUUUGGAAAUCAAUUUAUAGUGUAAAUCAUAUCAUCCAUACUUUGUGUCAAUCCUACAUUAUUCAGGCCCCCCAGUUGUUGAUCUCAGCCUUCUGCUUUGUUAGUAUCAUUGCCAAGUAACAGUGGUAGUCCAAUCAGUGUCCUUCUAACCCAUAAUCAAGUGUAGCUAUUGGACCUAUCAGAACCUCAUCAAAAGAAGAAAAGAGAAUUAAUAGCUACUGUGGGUUCCUCUUCAUUGUCUUUCUUAAACCCUUGCUUAGGGCCAAAUUCUAGUCCUGGAAAGAUUUGGAAUCUGUACUAAGGCUGGACUUGGUGAUACUGUCCACUGGGCCCUUGGGAAUGCUGUUUGGCAGGCCUUGUGUUUGGUGGUUGGCCAGGUCAACCAUUGAUUUGAAUUGGGUUUGUGGUAGUUUCAGUGGCUGUGACUGCAUGAUUUAGGAUGGCUGGGUAUCAGUAUUUUUCUAGCUGUAUAGGGGCAUUUUUCAGGACUCCUAAGUGAUUCCUUUGUCCCUCUAGAUAUGAUCCACAACUCUUAACAGAUCCAUACUGGUAGAGGUACACCAAUAUAUCAGUGCUAUAUUGGAUUGGCACUGAUAAAAAAAAGUAAAAUUAACAUUAUUGGCUUUUUUUGGCUGGUGUAGCUGAUUAAUGUACUGAUAAAUACAAUAUGUCUUCUGGCUCUGGCCCCCGGAUGUUGCGUGUAUACAUGCAGCCACAGCAUGCACAUGGCCAGGAUUGCACCCAGGUAGUGUGCAGGUAAGUCUGUGGAGGGGAAGUGGCAUGGGGGGGAGCAGAUAGAGGUCCCCAUGGUGAGGGAGGGAGUGGGGCUGGGUCGCUGCCCAGACAGGGUGGUAAAGUGGACCCCGGGGCAGGGAACAGGGUGGAACCAUGGGUGGCUCCCUACCACUGCGUGCACCCCCCGGGGGAGGCAUGUGGGGCAUGUGCCCUCCCAGACUUGUGUGCGAGGCAGAGGUAGGCUUUUUGCUGUGGGCUUGAGGAUCUCCAGCCUUCUGCCUUUGCCUUAGGAGCUGUGUGCUGGCCAUACAUCCCCUGCCCACUAGCAGUGGCAGCGGCGAGUUGUCUUCUGCCGCUGGGCAGGCAGGAAACACGGCACAGCCAGUGCAUGGCUCCUGAGGCAAAGGCAGCAGGGCAGAGAACCCUGAGCCCAAAGUAGGCAGCCCGUCUCCACCCUCUCCCUGUUUGGCUUUGCUCCUAAAAGUGUCCCCAUACUUAAAAGUGGUGGUGGUGGUGCUUGAACUAAAGCUCUUUCGACAAGUUUUAAUUCAAGCAAUCCCUGCUACCAUUUUUAAGUGCUGGGAUGCUGAUUCCCUGGAUGAGCCACCCGCGGCUCCAUUCUGCUCCCCGCCCUGGCCCCUGGGUACCAUUAACCACACUGGCUGGGCAGUGCCCCCACCCAGCCCCUGCCCCACUCCCUCCCUCAUUGUGGGGCUCUCAAUCUGCACACUCCACGCCCCUUCGCUCCCCCACAUCCCUUCCCCUCCACAGACUUACCUGCAGGGCUUCAUGCUGCCUGGCUGCAUUCCUGUAAAUCAGUUAUCUGAUUAGUAUUGGUUGAUAUACUACUGAAUAACUGGCUGUCAGUAUUGGCCAAGAAAAUCCUUAUUAGUGCACCCCAAAAUACCGGUAGUGCUGUAAACUUGUGCAUAUUAUAGGAAGUUAGAAAAUCUGUAUUUGGCUAUUACAUGUCCAGCUGCAGCAGGAGCAGUCAAGGGAUGAACCAGGCUCUGACAGCUUCUAGAGUGCUACUAGUAUGUCACAGAGAUAAAUUUGGGCCAAUUAAAUUUGGUGUGAAUGACAUAGUAGAAAAUGUACCCAAAACUGCCUUUGCCUUACAUUUACUUAACAUAUCCUUGGUGCUGCUAUAUUGGUGGUAGUUUCAUGAUACACUUCCUGUGAUUUAAAAUAUAGGAGUUUCAUGUUCCUGAUGCAUUUGGGUAAUGGCGUGGGUUUGAGAAUUUGAGAGAAGAGAACACUUGCCUGUGGGGCCUGUUGAAAGUCCUUAGCACACCUUCAGUCUCUAAGGAACCCUCUGAAUAUGACACUGUCUAAACUGAGGUGUUGCAAAUUUAAAUCAAAAUCCUCAAUAGUUUGCUGCAUCAUAUCUACUCCAUUCAUUCAGUUUUUCUAAAUACUUUGAUAUCCUUUUCUAGACCGCUUAAAACAUGGAAGAGUAAGUUUCUUUACAUGUCACAAAAGUUGAAUUCCCUGGUGGGAAUCACUGGGCUGAAGGAGAUGAAACCAAAUCAAAUCAAACCAACUUGCAAAUAACAUUCUUUCCUCUGGCACCCCUUAGGUCACCUUUAAAAUUGUAGUCAAAUAAUAGUAACCCUUACCUGAUAGGAAUGUUGUGUAAGCAAGAUAGACCACAUCUAUUCUACAUGCUCCCUAAAGAUCUGCUUAUCUUUUAGGAAACUGGCAAGUUUCCAGAUGGAGCAUCUGACAGCUGGAUGGCUUCUUAGGUUGUCUGCCUUGCAGCAUAAGCUCUGAACUCCACUGAGCUUCUAGAAUGCUUUGGUGAAGGGUUAAGAAUACUAUCCAUAUAUUUACUCUUGUAGGACGCCUGUACAAGUGUGCACGCACAGCCACAGUUACAAUGGUUGAACAAUUCAAAGAGCCAUGCUCUACCUGUUGACACUGGAUUUAUGACCCGGAUGCCUUGUUCCGGGGGGAACCCAAAACCCUCAAACCAUCCAUGACCUUUCCAUUUGAUAAUAGGCAAAUUUAUUGCUACACAGAGAUAACAGAAAAAAAUAAUGCAAGCAAUUCUAUAGCUACCAAUCCUAGGGUUGUCAUCAGAGUCAAGAUGCAUCUGGCCAGGUUGUGAGCUUCACUCUGAGGUUCUCUCUUGAAUGUCAGAUGUCAGCAGCCUGGAGGUUGGAGGCUGAGACACCCACCCCACUCCAGUGGGGUGGAUGAGACAGGCUGGUAGUGCACCCUCUGUCCAUGGUGCCUCGAGUUCCCCUCUUGGGGCGGGGGGGAACCCCUCUCCGGGACCCUUCUUUGUUGCUUUAAAGUCUCUGCUUUUGUAUUCUUUUCCCCUCCUGAUGACUCUUCAUCCAUGGCUAUUGCUGAUUAGUCUUUGUGGUCAUAAUGCUGUCCACGUUCCAUCUUGUCAGUAUAUUCCUUUGCUUUACAAGCCCAUCACAUACACCCAUCCUAAUUUGGGCUUUCCGGGCCUUUUCCUAAUUUGAUCUGCUCCCCAAAACUGGAACUUUCAGGCCCCCCACUCUUGGACCUUGUGAGCUGGUGUCACUUUAUCUCGUGUUAUGGAACAGUGUGGUACAUGCCUCCAAUUUCCCAGGCUAUGUGUAUAUGUGUUGGCUUUGUUGUUUGAGACAUCCCGUCUGCCUUGAAGGCUAUGAAGCUGUGUGAGAACCAGACCUUUAGAAAUCAAUUAACACUGGCUGCUGUCCUGAACCAUUAUUCUAAUGCAUAUAUAUUUACCCACAAGCCAAUUCCCAAAAGCAAACCUCUAAAGAUCAUUUUCUAGCCAUCACCACCCACAAGUUUGUUGAGAUGUUGAUAUGAGAAACUACUGGGAAAGCAGAGCAGUUAGGGAGGUUUCUCUGAUCCAGUUCUGGAAAUAUCCUGAUCACUGGGAUGGAAACAUUCUGGGAGAAAGUUUUGGCCAAAAACAUACACUUUGGAUUGGGAGGAACAGAUAAGAAGCCAAAUCAAGGGGACCAUUGAGGGAGAGUCACCUGGAAAAAUGUAGCAUGCCCUGGGAGGAAGGUGAAGUAUUAGGUUUUCAGCAAUGAAAAGCUGAAACUUAUUCACCUGUUCACUCUGUGUCCAAAGUACAGUACAGUUAGUUUGAUUCCCACAGGUGCUAAGCAGCUGCUACUUGUAUUGAUAUCAGCUGAAAUUGUAAUUCAUGUAUAGAAAAAUCCUUUUUUGGUCCUGGAUUGUAUCAUUGCUGGCUCUUGGAGCUUGGCUUAGGUACUGGUAGUUUUGGGGAUAAAAACAGCUUUGUUUGUGACAGCAAAUAUGACCUGCUAGCUACUGACCAGUGGGCACACCACCUGUGUCCCCUUGGUGUUUCAGGCUGGACAGUCAAAUUUAGUGGAAAGUUCACAAAGGGCUAAUCUUUUCCAUGAAAAACAAAACUCCUCCCUGCUUCGGGAGUAAGUGAAAGCUACUUUUUGUUUGUGUUUCACAGCACUUCUCCCCACUUCUACCAUAAGGACUCUUCUGUUGCUUGACUUGUGGCCACUGUUUGCAAAAGAGUGUCUUCAAACAUCAUCCUCUAUUUUCCUGGCUGAAUCUAGCAGAAUUUGGGUUUUGGUGAAGAGACAGCUCAAAGUUCUUACCCAUAUUCCAGGUCGUAGCCAACUGCCAGAGAUGCUUGUAUCUAUGUUCACAUUUUUAUGUUUGCCUUAGGCAGAUGAUGUUUAAUCAUGUUUCCAUUAAUUAUAAAUGUGAGAAGUGAUUUGUGAUAGAUGUGCCUGGGUGAUAAGGUAAAUGUGCCUCUGAGAAGAAAUAAUGAGAGAGAAUCAGUAAAUUGCAGCUCCCUACACUCUUGUUGUCCUUUAUGGAGCAGGAAGACAGCUAGAAGUUAGUUCAGUUCCUCUGCAGAACUUUGUCACCUGUAAAGAUAGGUUCCUGAAUGCCAGUGCAGAAUGAACCAGCAGGGUUCAUGAUGACAGGGUGCUGAAGAGAUCUGGAGUUUUACUUGUUGGGAUGAAAAGGGAAAUCUCCCCACCAAAUACCAUGAUCAUCAAUUCAUGUUUGGCUGCAUUGGACCCAUGGCUUAUACAAAUGUUACCCUGACCAUAGUGUACCUGGCAGCAGAUGAUUUAAUCACACACUAAGCAGUUGCAGAUUGCUGGUGGAGUGUGUCUGAGACAAGCUGAAGACCAGCAGGCACUGCAUAUUAAAUCUAUUGGAUGCCAGUGUCAAAGCCAUCUGUAUAAAUGUGGCAUGCUACACUCUGCAUGAUAUCUGCAAGGAUAAGAAUUUUCACCAGGGGCGGGUUCAAGACACUCUUGGUUUGCAGCGCUAGUACAGACAGUCAGAAAAUUUCUUUGGCAUUGCUGAGCCUAGGUCCAGUCAAGCAGAAGGAAAAUAGUGGAGUUGGGGCUCGUGUGCUUGCAUCCCUGCAGUAUGCAGUAAUGUUUGUGUAAAAAUGGGGCAUGGUGGGGAAAGGUGAUGCUUUGUCCUACACAAGUAUAUGUAUCAAUUUCUAAUUGCCUUUGUGCUUAAAAAAGUUUGAUCUUUUAUUAAAAGCUUUGGAUACAAGUCCUUGACUCUUCUAUUCCAAUGAAAAAGGUGAUACUAACUUAUUGUACAACUAUACUAAUUUUGUAACAAAAGGAAACGGUAUUAAAAUAAACAGUGAUUUCAAAAGCA